AUGUCUGACCACGAAGAGACCGUCUCCGACACCCGCUACAGCACCCCUGUGCCUGAGCUUGACGACCACCGCCAUCAGGCGGCAUCGGCUCAGAGGCAGGAGCGACCUCGUCGCGGGACGUUCGAUAGCCUUUACGGCUCUCGACAGGUCGAAAAUGAGCAGGGUGUCCCCACAAUUCGAGUUCGUGACUUUGAGGAGGCCAUCAUCGAUGAAGAGGCGAGGGCAAUCUCGCCAACCGCCCGCCGUCCUCGCCGUCCAACGGUGGACUCUUCUGAUGGAAGAUCCAUUUCUCCUCCCAACUCGGUAAAGGCGUUUGCUGAAGCCCGUCGCCGAGAGCGAGAGAUGUCCUUCUCCGAGUCGCGUCCAGACCAUUUUGAAGAUGGCUUGAUCCGUCCCAUGUCCGUUCAGAGCAAGCGCAGCUACCGCAGCAAGCCCCACACGAUCAAUGACGAUGCGGCUAGUUUUUCUACCACCGCUGAGGAAGAUGUGUGCUUCCCUGUCAAGGAAACCCAUCGGAAGGAUAAGCUGUGCAUCGAUUUUGAAUAUCUUGAUGAGUUCAUCCUCGAGCAAGCUGCUCGUGAAGAGGCUCGCCAACCCUCGGUGACGCAAAGCUUUGAAGAUUUACGAACUCAUACAGUCGAGUCUCGUCCCACACAGAUGGCGACCCUUGAUGGCGAUAUUCUGGAUAUGCCGUCGGAGGAUUCCAUGACUCGCGAGAAAACCGCUGAACAGACGCCUGAGAAGCCCCCCCAGCAGUCGCAGGCGCCUCCAGUGGAUAGUAACCGCUUCAGCUUCUUUUCUUCUGCGUGGGAGUCGACCAUCCACGCACCAGAGAUGGGAGAUCUCGUCCUUCCAGGAGAGGAUAUCCGUGGACUCUUCGAACUGCCCGAGGAUGAAGAGGAUGGUGUUUGGUGGCUCAACAUUAACACUGCAACCAAGGAGGAGAUCUGGGCGAUCUGCAAGGCCUUUGGUAUCCACCCCCUGACAAUUGAGGAUAUCGUCACCCAGGAAGCCCGAGAGAAGAUUGAGCUGUUCCCGUCGUACUACUUCGCUAGCUUCCGCUCCUUCCAUAUUGUACAGGAGCCCGAUGGCAUUGAGUACGAGCCCUUCAACAUCUAUGUCAUCGUGUUCCGCGAGGGAACGCUCAGUUUCAGCUUCGCGCCAAACUCUCAUGCGACCCAGGUCCGCAAGAGAAUCACUGCCCUGAAGGACUACGUCUCUCUGAGCAGCGACUGGAUUUGCUAUGCUUUGAUCGAUGACAUAGUCGAUUCCUUCGGCCCACCCAUUCGCCAGAUCGAACUUGAGGCGGACGCCAUAGAGGACGAGGUGUUCGUCAUGCGCGAGGAUGACUCCAGCUCGUUCCUCCGCUCCAUCGGCCGGGUGCGUAAGAACUGUAUGGCCCUACUCCGGCUCCUUGGUGGCAAGGCCGACGUUCUUCGGGGUUUCACCAAGCGCUGUAACGAGAACUACAAGGUCACGCCUCGCAUGGACAUUGGCAUGUACUUGGGCGACAUCCAGGACCACGUGGUCACGAUGGCUACCAGUUUGGGCCACUUUGAAAAGAUCUUGUCCCGUUCCCACAGCAAUUACCUGGCGACGCUCUCCAUCAAUAACAUCUCCCAGGGAACAGAAACGAACCAGGUGCUCAGCAAGAUCACAUUCCUCGCCUCCGUGCUGGUUCCGCUGAAUCUUGUCAGUGGUGUGUUUGGAAUGAACGUGGCGGUUCCGUUUAGGGACGUUACAAGCCUCGCGCCUUUCUUCGGUAUUAUCAGCUUCAUGACUGUCCUGUGUAUCCUGAUUCUGGCGGUCGCACGUUGGAAGCGCUACAUCUAG